AUGGCAACAAAAAAAGCUACUUUGGUUCAUGUAGAUGAAGACUACAUUGACAUGGAACUAAGUUCUUCCUCUAACUUGUUCCCUUAUUCCAUUGGCUCUCCACCACAGAAUAGAGAGUUUGAAUUUCAAAUGACUUCUGAAUCAAAUGAGAAAGAGUCCACAACUUCCCCAGCUGAUGAUCUCUUCUACAAAGGAAAACUCCUUCCUCUUCACCUCCCUCCUCGCAUGAAAAUGGUUCAAAAGCUUCUAGAAAACUCCAAUGCCACCUUUGAGUAUUUGAAAUCAGAGUCAUCUUUGGAAGAUAGUGACUUUCCCUUCACCACUGACCUUAGAAUGCCUUCUACAAAUGCCAGAACCCCUCUUGAACACUGCAAAAUCUGUCCUUCAGAAUCAUGCCGGGUUAGCAGUGAUGUAAACCCAGAUGAAUACCUAUUAGAAUGGUCUUCUGAUGUGAAUGGUUUGGUUGGUGAUCUUCCCAAGAAGUCUUGGCCCAAGAAACUGAAACAAAUGAAGCAGUUUUGGCUUGGCCAAAGACUCAAGGCUUCAAGAGCUUAUCUAAAAGCUUUGUUCAGCAAAUCUGGUUGUUCAGACAAGUCUUGUGCCAGUGCUGCAAACAAUGUGGGAACAGAGAAGAAAUCAAAAUGCAAAGACUGUCAGAAUAAGUACGUGAAGGUUGCAAAGAAGAACCCUUUUGAGAUUUUUUAUGAUAAUAAGCAUCAAAUAUCUUGUGCUGUCAUGAAGACCCUUAAAAGAGAGAUGAUUGUAGAUGAUUUCUGUAACCACAGAAGGGCUUUCUCUGGGGUGGUUCAACGACAUUGUGCUACUAAGGCUUCAUCUUUGUCCACAUCUUCAUCUGGGUCAUCUUCUUCAUCUUUAUCUUUCUCAUUCAGCUCAGCUGGGUAUUAUGAUUUGCAAUUGUUCAAGAGGAGCAUCAGUGCAAAUUCUGAGCUUGAAAGUUCAGUAGAGGGAGCCAUUGCCCAUUGCAAACAGUCUCAUUAGCAGCAUAGUUCAAAGAAUAGUUCAUAUGAUAGCAGGAUUUGUUCUCAAUUUGCUACAAAAGUUGCAGUUUGUGGAAAUGAAGAAACGGCAACACUUGC